AUGGCAUUAAAACGAGCUACAGGUAGCGUGAAACCAUCAUCACCCAGAAAGCCACGUGUACGUAAAAGUGCUCCAAGUGGUGCCAAGAAAACAACAACUAAACGGAAGAAGAGUGCUAAGAAAAGUGGCGCAAAAAGAACAAAGAAACAAAUGAAGAAAUGA